AUGAAGGGCCUCAUCAUCCUUUUGGCGUGCUUCAUCAUCUCGGCGGAAGCCUUCAAGGUUCCCCUGAUAAAGGGUAAGUCCAUCAGAGAGCGUCUGAGGGAGAAGGGCAUCCAUCUGCCCUACACUGAUCCAGCCCUUAAAUAUCACCCAGAGGUCCUGGCCACUUCUGCCAUUAAUUCCUUAACCUAUGCUGAUUCAUACUACUUUGGCGUGAUCAGUGUCGGCACACCACCCCAGUCCUUCCAAGUGCUCUUUGACACAGGCUCUUCCAAUCUGUGGGUGAACUCGGUGUACUGCAGCACCCAGGCAUGCACUGCAAAAACACAGUUUAACCCUCAGCAGUCCUCCACCUUCCAGAACACUUCCCAAACCUUCUACCUGCCCUAUGGAGCUGGAGCUCUCUAUGGCGUCUUCGGUUAUGACACUGUCUCUGUGGCUGGCAUCCAAGUCCCCAAUCAGGAGAUUGGUCUGAGCACUAACGAGCCAAGCCAACCCUUCCUGAGUGCUCCAUUUGAUGGAAUUCUUGGUCUGGCCUUCCCAUCUCUUGCUGUUGGAAAUGCCAUGCCCCUUGUGGACAACAUGAUGCAGCAGGGUCUCCUUGACCAAAACCUGUUUGGAAUCUAUCUGAGCCCGGUUGGAGGGUAUGGCAGUGAGGUGGAUUUUGGUGCUGUGGACACCAGCAUGUAUCAGGGUCAGAUCUCCUGGACACCAGUGACAGCUGAGACCUACUGGCAGAUUGGCAUUGAGGAGUUCCAGAUUAAUGGACAGAGCACUGGCUAUUGCUCUCAGUAUGGUGGCUGCCAGGCCAUUGUGGACACCGGUACCCCCAGCCUGACUGCCCCAAGUUCCAUCUUGUCCUCUGUGAUGCAGUAUAUUGGAGCACAGGAGAACAGUUAUGGCGAGUAUGUUGUGGACUGUAGCCAGAUCAACAGUCUCCCCACUCUGACCUUCACCAUCAGUGGAGCGACUUUCCCUCUGGGUCCGUCUAACUACAUCCUGAACCAGGGUGGCUAUUGCACCGUUGACAUCACCCCCACCUACCUGGGCUCUCAGAACAGCCAGCCUCUCUGGAUCUUUGGCGACGUCUUCCUCAGGGCUUACUACUCUGUGUUUGACCGUGCUAACAACCAAGUGGGCUUUGCUCAGGCAGCCUGA